GUGUGUGUUGACGUUUAUGUAUUAUCAAAACUUCAAACUUUAAGUUUUUUACUCUAGCUUUAGAAGUAGUGAAGCUAAAUAUUUAAGUGUAAAUACAAACUCAAUAAUAGUUUACUGAGAUUAUAUUGGUGAAGCUAUGUUUAACAAACUCUUGUGCAAGUAAUUAUGUUACUAGAGAGGCUCCGACUGUAAAGAGUACUACCGCCCGGUAACCUCCAAAAUGUCAGAAACAUCUUGCUAUAUUCUCGACAAUGGAGCUUAUACAGCUAAAGUCGGCUUCUCAACAUCGGAACCGAAGGUCGUACCUAACUGUAUCAUGAAAGCCAAGUCUGAGAGGAGGCGGCCUUUCAUAGGAUCACAGAUUGAAGAGUGCAGAGACGCUUCGGGCCUGUUUUACAUACUUCCAUUUCAAAAAGGUUUCCUUAUCAAUUGGGAUACACAAAAAACAGUUUGGGAUUUUAUUUUCAGCAAGGAAUGUUGCCCCGUUAACUUCAGUGAAACGCCGUUAAUAAUAACGGAGCCAUUAUUUAACUUUUCGUCCAUCCAAGAGGCAAUGACGGAAAUUUUCUUCGAAGAAUACGAAUGUCAGUCAUUGUUAAGAAUAAACGCAACCGAUUUAGCGGAAUACAACUACAGAAAGACAAAAAACAACGAGUGUACUGUAGUUGUAGACUCAGGCUACAGUUACACAUAUAUAGUGCCGUAUGUGAAAGGUAAAAAGUAUAAGGAUGGGAUAAGAAGGAUCGAUGUGGGAGGGAAGGUGUUGACCAACCACCUGAAGGAAAUAAUAUCCUACCGACAGUUAAAUGUGAUGGAGGAGAGCUACGUCAUCAACCAAGUGAAGGAGGACUCCUGCUUCGUAUCACAAGAUUUCAUGAAGGACAUGGAGAUCGCCAGGAAAAAAGAUUCCAGUAACACAAUAGUGAAGGACUACGUGUUACCGGACUACACGACGAUACGACGCGGAUACUUAAGAGACGUGGUGAGACCUGAUGAAGAGCUGGAGCAGCAGACUCUGAGGAUGAACAAUGAGAGGUUCUCCAUACCCGAGCUGCUGUUCAGGCCGUCGGAUGUGGGGAUACCACAAAUGGGCAUUCCUGAAGCUAUAGUGCACUCCGUCAACAGCUGCCCAGAGGAGAAUAGGGAGAGUUUAUUAGAGAACAUAGUGUUGUUCGGCGGAAAUACACUGUUCCCCGGGUUCAAGGAGCGUGUGUACCAGGAAGUCAGGGCCCUGGCGCUGGAUCAUUACGACGUGAACGUCUCGCGGAGCGACAACCCUGUCACGUACGCCUGGGAAGGAGGGAAGAUGAUGUUCAGGGAUCCAGACUUCUACUCCUUCUGUGUGACUCGCGAGGAGUAUGAGGAGGAGGGGAAGUCCCUGGCCUACGAGAGGUUCGAUAUAUAACGAAGGAAGCGGGCCAGGAGACCCUCAGAGUAGGAUCCUGGCCCGUGUCGGAUGAGGUUCGGUGAUGGAUAUUACGUACCAGUGUUGUGCAAAGAGAGCUGUGUGUGAUAUAUUCCUAAAUCUCUAUAUCUUAUAACUAAGUCUGACUUGUGUCUAAGAAACAUCAUCUGUGAGUUGGUCUUGUCGCUGAGACCUCCCCGGUAAUGUGAAUCAUCGGAGUCAGGUCUUUCACAAAUCAUUGUAUGUGAAGUCAUCGUCCAACACAAGUUCCUGUUCACGUGACUGUCAUAUGAUAUAUAUUUUUCUUGAUCACUACAUACUUAUAUUUUCUAUUCCGUACUACGUAAGACAUUUGUAAAUAUUGUGAAUUUAAGAGAGGAAAGUAUUUCAAUGUAAUUCUAUUAUUUCGUAUUCUCCAGAUGCAAGCAAAACCUUGUCCUGUUCAAUGAAAGCCGCGUCUCGUUAAGCUCAAUUAGUUUAUUGUGUUAACAAUUACAUUCAUUGUAAUAAAAAUACAUUUGCAUAUCGAUAA